AUCCUGCAGUAGCGGGGAUGGGGUGGGAAUGAGAGAGAGAGAGAGUGAGGACGCGGGGCUCCAGAGCGAAGGAGAAGCCACUGCAAGUCCCCCACCUCAGCCACCGAGGUUGGGGUCUGCCCAGGUCUGCUCUAUGGACUAGAGCGGGCAUCAGGCUCCUCUCGACCUCGGCCCCACUGCUGGCGCUCUUGCCUUCCCUCCUCGGGCAGCCCCUGCAACCCUCCCCCAAGGUGGAUAAGCGGGCUUGAGGCUCCCAGGGGAGAGCGAUCGCGGGGGGGCCCUGCCCUGCCCGCCCCGCACCAUGACCCUCCUCCUGUUGUCCCUCGUGCUCGCCUCCCUGCUCCCCUCCAGCUCCUGUAACAAAGCCAACAAGCACAAGCCAUGGAUCGAGGCGGAAUACCAGGGCAUCGUCAUGGAGAACGACAACACGGUCCUGUUGAACCCACCACUCUUUGCCUUGGACAAGGAUGCCCCCCUACGCUAUGCAGGUGAGAUCUGUGGCUUCCGGCUGCAUGGGUCUGGGGUGCCCUUUGAGGCCGUGAUCCUGGACAAGGCGACGGGAGAAGGGCUGAUCCGGGCCAAGGAGCCUGUGGACUGCGAGGCCCAGAAGGAGCACACCUUCACCAUCCAGGCCUACGACUGCGGCGAGGGCCCCGACGGGGCCAACACCAAGAAGUCCCAUAAGGCCACCGUGCACGUGCGGGUCAACGACGUGAACGAGUUUGCCCCCGUGUUUGUGGAGCGGCGGUACCACGCGGCGGUGACCGAGGGGAAGCUGUACGACCGCAUCCUGCGGGUGGAGGCAAUCGAUGGCGACUGCUCCCCCCAAUACAGCCAGAUCUGCUACUACGAGAUCCUCACGCCCAACACCCCCUUCCUCAUCGACAAUGACGGGAACAUUGAGAACACGGAGAAGCUGCAGUACAGUGGCGAGAAGCUCUACAAGUUCACCGUCACGGCGUAUGACUGUGGGAAGAAGCGGGCGGCUGAUGACGCUGAGGUGGAGAUCCAGGUGAAGCCCACCUGUAAACCCAGCUGGCAAGGCUGGAACAAAAGGAUUGAAUAUGCACCAGGCGCCGGGAGCUUGGCUUUGUUCCCUGGUAUCCGCCUGGAGACCUGCGAUGAACCUCUGUGGAACAUUCAGGCCACCAUAGAGCUGCAGACCAGCCAUGUGGCCAAGGGCUGUGACCGAGACAACUACUCAGAGCGGGCACUGCGGAAACUCUGUGGCGCUGCCCCCGGGGAGGUGGACCUGCUGCCCAUGCCUGGUCCCAACGCCAACUGGACGGCCGGACUCUCCGUGCACUACAGCCAGGACAGCAGCCUCAUCUACUGGUUCAACGGCACCCAAGCUGUGCAGGUGCCCCUGGGUGGCACAGCUGGGCUGGGCUCGGGGCCCCAGGACAGCCUCAGUGACCAUUUUACCCUGUCCUUCUGGAUGAAGCAUGGCGUGACUCCCAGCAAGGGCAAGAAGGAAGAGGAAACCAUUGUGUGUAACACAGUCCAGAAUGAGGACGGCUUCUCUCACUACUCACUGACUGUCCAUGGCUGCAGAAUUGCCUUCCUUUACUGGCCUCUGCUUGAAAGUGCUCGGCCAGUCAAGUUUCUCUGGAAGCUGGAGCAGGUCUGCGAUGACGAGUGGCACCACUAUGCCUUGAACCUUGAGUUCCCCACAGUCACACUCUAUGCCGAUGGCAUCUCCUUUGAUCCUGCCCUCAUCCACGACAAUGGACUCAUCCACCCACCUCGAAGGGAGCCUGCACUCAUGAUUGGGGCCUGUUGGGCCGAGGAGAAGAACAGAGAGAAGGAAAAGGGAGGCGACAACAGUACGGACGCCACACCAGGAGACCCCUUGCCGAUCCACCACUACUUCCACGGCUACCUGGCUGGUUUCAGCGUGCGCUCAGGCCGCCUGGAGAGCCGUGAGGUCAUCGAGUGCCUCUAUGCAUGUCGGGAGGGGCUGGACUAUAGGGAUUUCGAGAGCCUGGGCAAAGGCAUGAAGGUCCACGUGAACCCCUCGCAGUCCCUGCUCACCCUGGAGGGGGAUGAUGUGGAGACCUUCAACCAUGCCCUGCAGCAUGUGGCUUACAUGAACACUCUGCGCUUUGCCACGCCUGGCGUCAGGCCCCUGCGCCUCACCACUGCGGUCAAGUGCUUCAGUGAAGAAUCCUGUGUCUCCAUCCCCGAAGUGGAGGGCUACGUGGUGGUACUCCAGCCUGAUGCCCCCCAGAUUCUGCUUAGUGGCACUGCUCAUUUUGCCCGCCCAGCUGUGGACUUCGAAGGACCUGAGGGGGUCCCUUUGUUCCCUGAUCUUCAAAUCACUUGCUCCAUUUCUCAUCAAGUGGAGGCCAAAAAGGAUGAGAGCUGGCAGGGCACAGUGACAGACACUCGCAUGUCGGAUGAGAUCGUGCACAACCUGGACGGCUGUGAGAUUUCUCUGGUGGGGGAUGACCUGGACCCCGAGCGGGAGAGCCUACUCUUGGACAUGGCGUCCUUGCAGCAGCGAGGACUGGAGCUCACCAACACGUCCGCCUACCUCACUAUUGCUGGGGUGGAGAGCAUCACGGUGUAUGAGGAGAUCCUGAGGCAGGCUCAUUAUCGGCUGCGACAUGGAGCUGCCCUCUAUGCCCGGAAAUUCCGGCUUUCCUGCUCCGAAAUGAACGGGCGUUACUCCAGCAAUGAGUUCGUGGUGGAGGUCAGCGUCCUGCACAGCAUGAACCGGGUGGCUCACCCCAGCCACAUGCUCAGCUCCCAGCAGUUCCUGCACCGAGGUCACCAACCCCCGCCCGAGAUGGCCGGACACAGCCUGGCCAGCUCCCACCGCAACUCCAUGGUCCCCAGUGCCGCGACCCUCAUCAUUGUGGUGUGUGUGGGUUUCCUGGUGCUCAUGGUCGUCCUGGGCCUCGUGCGCAUCCACUCGCUGCACCGCCGUGUCUCGGGGGCUGGAGGGACCCCAGGGGCCUCCAGUGACCCCAAGGACCCCGACCUCUUCUGGGACGACUCAGCUCUCACCAUUAUUGUCAACCCCAUGGAGUCCUACCAGAGCCGGCAGGCCUGCGUGGCUGGCGCUGCAGGUGGCCAGCAGGAGGACGAGGACAGCAGCGACUCUGAGGCAGCCGACUCGCCCAGCAGUGACGAGAGACGCAUCAUCGAGACCCCGCCUCACCGCUACUAAGGCCUCCAUCGCCUCUCCCCCCUCCCCAGCCCAACAGAGAGAGAGAAUUCUCCCCGGGUGAGACAGACACCCCCAGAAGGGAGAGAAGGACAUUCUGAGAGAAGAGAGCCCGGGAGGGAGGGAACUCUUGGAACAAGUCAUGCAUCCUGUAACCUCAGAAUCCCCUGGGAUCCCCCCAUCCCCCUACCCCUCACUCACCCACAGCUCACCCCCUCUGUGCCUCUGGGCGCUGACUCCCCUGGUGUGGGAGACUUUGGCUGCCUUUUCUGCCCCCAGGCAGCCGCCCCCUUCCCUGUCUUGCCCCCCAGUGGCCUGCGCUAUAAUGGGGGGGGGGGGGUUAGGGACUGAAGGAGACCCUGUCCUUUACUCUCCCCCACUCUCCUGUCCACAGAGCCCCUGAUCCAGACCCCCCCCCCAAAGCUGGGCCUUCCCUGCUUCUCUUACGACCACCCCUUCCCAUUUCACUCUGGGGACCCCUGCUUCUUCUCCUGGUCCCCUUCCCUCCUCUUUCGUCCCCUUUCCCCUCCUCUCCUGGCCUGAGGUCCCAUAGCCCCUUCCUGCAGGACCUGGUUGUGGCUGGGUUGUGGGGAUGGGAGCCGAGGUGGGGGCCCCGGGUGUAUUAUAUAUAAUGUAUAUUUUUUCAUGUCGUCGUGAGCGCAGCCCCUGUGUUCUGUGUGCAGCCUCGUGUGUGCGUGUGGCAUCGUUAAGUCCUGGGGUGGGGGUAGGGGGAUGGGUGUGGUGGGACAGGGGACACAUCCUAGGGUUUUCAAAUAAAACAACCAGAAAAAAGCUAAGUGA